CGGGGACGCCCACACAAAAUGGCGGCCGCCAGCCAGCGGUCACGUGCGUCCCGCGGCGGGGCGGGUAGCGCUAGGUAGGGGUGGCGCUGCGCUCAGGCACUAAUUGAGGCUGGCUACAGCAGGAUGACUUCAUGCUGGUAUCUAUCCAUGGAUGGCCUUGAGGAUCUGCAGGACCUGAGAGGUGCCCCAAUCUGGGGGAGAUGCUGAUCACAGCUUGUUGUGAUCCAGGAAGAGUUCUAAGGGUUUCACUUACCUUGGAAGCAUAAGUAGUUAUUUUGACUCUUGUAAGGGAAGCUUCCUUGACUGCAGAGGAUGUAAACUAAUUAUCAAGGCCUCUACAGAAAAGUUUACUCUAGAAACCUCUGAAUGGCCUUUGGGAGGAACCACAGCUUGACCAAAGGUACCUAACUAGUACAGAUUAGUAUCUUGCUUGGACAUGAAAAGGCAGCCUUGCAACUCUGACACUUUAAGGACCUUAAGAAAUAAGAAUCCUCAAAGACAAAAAUUAAACAAUGUUGUACAGACAUUCAGGAAAAUAGUGCUAUGUCAAGAAGUUGAUGUGAACCAGAGCAGAAAUUUUUGUCUCUCUUUGGAUUUGUAUAUUCUAAGGCAAUAAGAACUCUCAGUAAUGAAUAGUAGAGUGAAUGUUGCCUUGUGCUGCUUUAUAGGACAGUCUUCAUUCCAGCUAAGUCUGUGCAUCUGUGAGCACUGACUUCAGUCUCCAUGCAGAAGCCAGUUUUCUGAUGUGAUGGAUACAGAGACCAGAGGGUACUGAAAUCUGCAGAGAGGACAGAGAACCAGUAAAGCUUGACCAAAAGAAAAAAUAAAUCUUACAUGGCAAGAAGAAGAUCAGAGAACAAUGUGGCAUGGAAGGAGUUCCUGAACUUGUAUGGGGUUCCUGUAGGAAUGGCAGACACUCAGAUGGGUCUUCUCAUGCUUUGUCCUUCUUCAUAAACCCACAGCAGAAAUCCUUGUGGUGGUGCCAGCUGCUAUGUCUUUGUCUCCUCAUACUUCUUUCCAGGAAACUAUCAUUAGAGAGUACUGUGGCCUCCAAGUACGUGCUCUUAUCUCUGCUGCCUAACUCCUCUGGCCAGAUUGCUCUGUGCUCCGGGACAGGAAUGUCACUGGCAUUCUGCUACCUCAGCACCCCGCUGAUAACGCUUGCUAGCUCAGAGAAUGCUUUAUUGCCUUUCCGACGAGCUGUGAGUUGAAAGUAAAAUUGGCGACCGGUGAUGAAUUAUUGUCAGAGAUGCGCUAAUAGAGGGAGUACUGAGGGACGGUUUGGGGAAAUGGAGUAUCUCGAGCACCUGCUGCGAAGUCAGCGGUAGCAGCGCGUCCUCCGGACCGCAAGGGGGCGCGCGAGGCUCCCCUUGCCUCUCUCUUCCACGUGGGCAGCACGGAGCCGGGGGAGGGCCGAGCCUUGCCGAGGAGCUCCAUCUCUCGUGUUCAGUUCCCACUGAAGGAUGGAAAACAUCCUGGCUGGUUUGUGUGGGACCAGCCCAGAAGAUCCACUCCCUGUGUGGGUUCAUGGCAGAGUUGGCCAUUGCUUUAAUCAGCUGGCACUGAACGUGUUUCCUCAUGUGAUCCUUGCUGCGGUCAGCGCCUGCUUCCUUGGCACUCCAAGAUCUGGCUCUGGGAUGUCUCACAGGCGAGGCUGGAGAUGCAGAAUUGCCAUGUCAUUUGUACUUGCUGGCUUGCUCCUUGCUGAUAUAAUCCCAACCGCCAUUUCUCAGCAGGAGCUGGGCCCUGUAUACCUGGAAGUGUUAGCCAGUGGCAUUGCUGCACUGACGUGGCUCACUCACGGCCUCGCACUCAUCAUGCUCUGCAGGUCCAUUCACGGCUCUGCUAGGGGCCCUGCAGCCCUGGCUCUCCUCACUCUCUUACCACUGCCUUCCCUCCUCAUCACACUGGUGUGGUAUUGCCAAAGUGGGACAGCUUGGUCUCCUGCCCACCCUGCUGUCUCCUCCAGGUUCACCAUUCUCUGUCUGAAGCUGGCCUCUCUGCUGACGUAUGUGAUUGGCUAUCUCUUACCUGCUGCUGAUAGGCAUGAAUUCCUCUCCAUCAACAGCUCCUGGCAGCAGGAUCAGCUCAUUUCAGAGCCAGGGAUCUCAGUGUCAGAUCAGCAGGGAGUGGCAGAAGAUGGUGAGAGCUGGCUCUCACGCUUCUUUUAUGCUUGGAUGAACCCUCUUAUGAAACGUGGCUAUCAGUGGAAGCUGAACCAACCACAAGAUGUCUGUCUGCUUCCUCGAAAGCUUCAGGCUGCCAGGGUCUGCGAUCAAUUCUAUGCCUGCUGGCAGAAGAAAGCAACUGUGCACCAAGUAGAGGAGGAGACAGUGUCUCUUACUAGCCCAAUCAUUGCUGGAGACAGUGGCAGUAGCAAUGCCCUGGACAGGUCGCACCAUGCCCAGGAGGCCGUGAGACUCCUCUCAGUGCUUCAUGCAGCGUUUGGGCUUCGUUUCUACUCCUUGGGAUUUCUCAAGCUGGCUGGUAGCCUGCUCGGCUUCUCAGGCCCUCUGCUUCUGAACCUGCUGGUGAACUUCAUGGAGUCACAGCAGGAGCCCUUGAGCCACGGAGUGCUCUAUGCUCUUGGGCUCUUUGCUGGCUCCUUUGUGGGUGCGCUUUUACGGAACCAGUUCAGCUACGAGGUGCAGAAGGUGAUGCUGAUGGUGCGAGCUGCUGUCAUCUCUGCCAUUUACCGCAAGGCUCUACGUGUUGGCAGCACCAGCCUUUCCCGCUUCACUGUGGGUGAAAUUGUCAACUUCAUGAGCACAGACACCAGUAGGUUGGUCAACUUCUGUCUCAGCUUCCACGAGGUGUGGAGCCUGCCCUUCCAGUUUGCCAUUACGCUCUAUCUUCUCUACCAGCAAGUGGGUGUAGCCUUUCUGGGAGGCCUGGCCCUGGCACUACUGCUUGUGCCCAUCAACAAGGUCAUAGCCAACCGCAUCAUGAUGAGCAACACAGAGAUGCUGAAGCACAAGGAUACACGGGUCAAGCUAAUGACAGAGUUCCUAAGUGGCAUCCGUGUUAUCAAGUUUUAUGCCUGGGAGAAGCACUUCAGCACCAGGAUAAAUGCCUGCCGAGCUAAAGAGCUGCAGAAGUUGCGAGCCAUCAAGUACUUGGAUGCUGUGUGUGUUUAUCUGUGGGCAGCACUGCCAGUUGUUGUCUCCAUUGUCAUCUUCAUCACCUAUGUCCUAAUGGGUCACCAACUCACUGCCACAAAGGUGUUCACAGCAUUGGCCCUUGUGGGGAUGCUCAUCCUCCCCCUCAACAGCUUCCCAUGGGUGUUGAAUGGGACUUUGGAAGCCAAAGUUUCCCUGGAUCGAAUUCAGCGUUUCCUUGAACUCAUGGACCAGGAUUUGGAAGCUUAUUAUGCCCUAGGUAGCACUUCAGGAACAGCUUCUGCCAUAGAUAUAAGAGGUGCAGAUUUUUCAUGGGUGCCAGCCAUAGAAGGAAGCACCAGCCAGCCCUUAUCUACUGGCAGUCUGCAACUGCACAUUGAGAACCUCUCAGUGAGAAAGGGAAUGCUCCUGGGAGUUGUUGGGAAGGUUGGAUCUGGAAAGAGCUCUCUGCUUGCAGCUAUCACUGGAGAACUCAUUAAACAGGGUGGGCAAGUGUAUAUUUGUGACCUGGAGCAAGGAUUUGGCCUGGCCACACAGGAGCCUUGGAUCCAAUUUGCCACUGUCCGUGAGAACAUCCUUUUUGGGCGACAAUAUGAUGCCAGGCUGUAUGAGGAGGUGGUAGAGGCCUGUGCCCUCUCUGAGGACCUGAAUGUCUUACCUGCAGGUGACCAGACAGAGGUGGGUGAAAAUGGUGUGACACUCAGUGGGGGUCAGAAGGCUCGAAUAGCCCUUGCCAGGGCUGUUUACCAGGAAAAAGAGUUUUACCUUCUUGAUGAUCCCCUGGCUGCAGUUGAUGCGGAUGUAGCUAAUCAUCUUAUGCAGAAGUGCAUUCUUGGAAUUCUCCAACACAAGACCAGAAUCCUUUGCACCCAUAGGACAGAAUUUUUGGAGAAGGCUGAUGCCUUGUUGUUGAUGGACAAUGGCAGGAUAAUCAAGACAGGCCCACCAGCUGAUAUUCUGCCUCUUGUGGAAUCUGUCCCCAAAUUCAAGGAUGUGAACAAGAGGCGGGAUGAUAAAGACUCUGAUGAGCAGGACCAGGAAGAAGUUAUAGAGACAGAGGCAGAAGAAUCAUUGCAGGACAAAUGUCUCCUCCACAAGGAGGAGGAAAAGAAAGAAGGGGCUCUGGAUUUUCAGGUCUACAAGGCAUAUUGGUUGGCAAUGGGAAGCUGCUUAGCAUUAUCUAUCCUCCUCUCACUGCUCCUGAUGCAAGCAUCCAGAAAUAUCUCAGAUUGGUGGCUCUCACACUGGAUCUCCAGCAUAUCCAAAGCAGCAAAUACAUCUGUGAUGGUCUCUUCAGCUUCCCUACCUUCCACAAAGCUGCUUCUCUUCUCCAUUGUUGGGCUUGUCUCCCCCAUUCAAGUUCUGAACACAGCCCCAGUCCCUUCCAAUGCUUCGGUGGAUGUGAAUUUCUACCUGGCAGUUUAUGGGGGCAUUGCAGGGGCCAACUCUCUCUUCACCAUUUUUCGGGCCUUCCUAUUUGCCUAUGGCACUAUCCGUGCUGCCAUUGUCAUUCACAAACGACUGCUCCAGAGAGUUAUAAAGGCCACAGUCACCUUCUUUGAUACCACACCAACAGGCCGGAUCCUGAACCGCUUCUCCUCAGAUCUGUACUGUGUGGAUGACAGCUUGCCAUUUAUCCUUAACAUUUUCUUGGCUAACAUGUAUGGGCUUUUGGGCAUGCUGGUGAUAAUCACUUACGGUCUCCCUUGGAUUGGCCUGGUCUUACUUCCUCUGGCUGCUAUUUACUUCUCCAUCCAACGCUAUUACCGGCGCACAUCCCGGGAACUCAAGCGUCUUUACAGUGUCACCCUGUCCCCCAUUUACACUCAUUUCUCAGAGACUCUCUCAGGACUGAGCAGCAUUAGAGCCAUGCGGGCCACGCAAAGGUUUGAGUUGGAGAAUGAGCUGCGCCUAGAACACAAUCAGCGCUGCCUCUUUGCCAGCAACACAGCAAUGCAGUGGCUGGACAUUCGCUUGCAAAUGAUUGGAGUUGCUGUGAUUACAGCUAUUGCAGGAAUUGCCAUCAUCCAGCACCAGAAGCAGAUAGGAAAUCCAGGACUUGUGGGCCUGGCACUCUCAUAUGCGCUGUCUGUUACAAACCUGCUCUCAGGCCUCAUUUCCAGCUUCACUACAACAGAAACCAUGAUGGUGAGCGUGGAGCGGACAGAGGAAUAUACCACAGACAUCCCCAUGGAGCCCCAGGAUAAACUGGUCCAGGUUGCUGCUGACUGGCCAAGCCAAGGGCUUGUGGAAUUCCAGCAAGUGAUCCUGGCCUACAGAGCAGGCCUUCCCAAUGCACUUGAUGGAGUGAGUUUCACGGUGUACCCUGGAGAGAAGGUGGGGAUUGUGGGUCGCACAGGAUCUGGAAAAUCCACCCUUUUCUUGGCACUAUUCCGCAUGCUGGAGCUGAAAGCAGGCCGUAUUCUCCUGGAUGGUGUUGACAGCCAGCUGGUGGGCUUGGAGGAGCUGAGAUCUAGACUGGCUAUCAUCCCCCAGGAUCCGUUUUUAUUCAGUGGCUCAAUCCGAGAGAAUUUGGACCCUCAGGGAAAAUGGACAGAUGCUGAACUCCAUGAAGUGCUAGAGCAGUGCCACCUGUGGGAUGCUGUUACCCAGAUAGGUGGAUUGGACAGUGAGCUGGGAGAGAGAGGAAAGAGUCUAUCUGUGGGUCAGAGGCAGCUGGUGUGUCUGGCAAGAGCCCUCCUGACACAGGCCAAGGUGUUGUGCAUUGAUGAGGCCACAGCCAGUGUGGAUCAGAAGACAGACCAGCUGCUGCAGCAAACCAUCCGCCAGCGCUUUGCUGACAAAACUGUUUUGACAAUUGCUCACAGGCUGAACACCAUCUUGGACUCAGAUCGUGUGUUAGUGAUGCAGGCUGGAAGAGUGGUGGAGCUGGACUCACCUGCCUGCCUAAGCAAAAAGGACGGCUCCUUGUUUCAGCGCCUGCUGCACAGUGGGCAGCAGUGACCUCCUUCUGGGGCUGAGGUCAGGCAGUCCUUCUGGGUCUGUGUCUGCCUUUCCUCUUGCCUCAGCUGCCAGCUCCAUCCCUGCAGAGCCAGGAGCUGCUGAAGUGAGAGGAGGGGUCAUUGCCUCCUGCUGACAAUGACUGUGUAUCUCAGGAAUGGAAGCAUGGCCUUUCUUAUAGUUGGGAAAAGUGAACUGGUGCUUAGGGCCAUGUGAGCCUGGCUGGUGGGGCACUGUUGCCCUCCAAAGCUUCCCUUUGAGAUUACAGAGGGCUUUACUCCUCACUGAAGAAUCAGUGACUCCUAAUCUGAGGCUCAGUCUCAUGUAUGCAAUUUAGAAUAAAAUGGAAACAUUCUUGUGAA